CUUCAUCUUCACAGCUACCAUACUUCACUGAAUCGUUACAUCAACAGCGAGCGAGCUCAAGAUACUCUGUAAAGCGACACCUCACACUCUACUCGAAAGCCUCGACCACAUAUCCAAAACACGGCCAACACACUUGCGAGAAUUGAUCGGAAGGUCUCGUCAUCUUCUUCAGAAUGAGUCAAGAAGUGGGCAAGAUGAAAGACGACAGAGCGGAAACCGAGCUGUUGGACGCUCUGUUGUCAGAACCGACGAUCAAGUUUGGGAAUCUGAUGAACGUUAUUGAAUCUUUCGAGAGAGCUCGAGGUUCCGAACUCUUCUUCAAUUUGAACGAGAGGGAGCGGACCCAGGCCUUUUUCAACAAGUGCGCGAAUGACGAGACGCCCAAAGACAAUGCUAUCCAGAUCAUCAAGAUGUUGCAGAUGGAAGCCGACCGGAUGACAUCAGAAAGUGAGGGAAAUCAUGACAAGUCGGACGAUAGCAUCAAGGAGGUCUUCGGUGACAAGCUCAAACAUGGCAAGGAGGAUGACGAUACGAAGAACGCGCCGCCUUCCUCCUUCAAGGAUUUGCAAGGGAGGAGAAGGACUAGCAACGAAUACCGCAUUCGAGGGAUGAACGACAACUCGAGCUCGGAUGGAAGCGAGAUGGACGUCGAAGAGAGCUUGUUGGUCAACGAAAAAGAACCUCUCGGUGGCGAUCUCAGCAUCAUCUCGCAGGUUGAUGAAGCUGAACCAUCCAGACCCACCUCGAGGUUGGAGAAACGUUCCGCAUCUCGCCUGUCGAUCAAUACCAACAUUCCGACAACCCCGGAACAUCUAGCACGACACCGUGCAAAGACCGCUCAGGGCGUCUCUUUCCCCACCGAACGCAUCCUCUCCCCACCCAGCGCGACAUUUACAUCAGGGAUCCCUCGAGCCAGUCGAAGGUCUGACCCUUCCAGGCCCGCCGUCGCUCAACCCGUGGCUUCCGGCUCCAGGGGCACGGCUCCACCUUCAUCGUUCGCCUUUGGGAGUCCGGGUAAAGCCAAAAGCGGAAGGGCUAGAUCAGGAUCGGCAGAUGGGUCGACCAGGAUCGGGCAGCCCGCGCCGGGUGCUUCGUUCGGAAUGGGAGUUGGGUAUAGCACUGGGAUCGGAGGGAUAUCGCGGCCUCCUUCGGUGGCUAGGUCGAGGAGGGAGAGUCAGGAGACGAUCGUCGAUGGAGAUAUGGUGUUUGACAAGCACGAGAGACACUCUACUUCGAACCGCUCGCAACCGGGACUGAACCGUCCCCGACCUCCCCGCCAGACCUCGGCUCAACGUAAACAACCUUUAGCUUUUCCCCGCUCGAGCUCGGGUAGCAGCCCCGCUACUCCCGGCUCACCCGAUUUGAAGGAGAUGAAACUUCCCGACGUCUCCUUGCUGGAUGAUCAAUCGUUUGUCGGCGAGUUGACCCAGACGGCGGAGGAGUAUGAGCCCGGGAUCGUUCAGGCCGAGGCCGACAUCUCUAGGAUGGGCAGGGGUAGUAUCGCGGAUACCACUAUGGAUCUGAACGCGGGGAUGGCCAGCUUAGACGAUGGGUACAACAUGUAUGGGAUGGAUUACGGAGAGGGCGUAGGAGGCAGGAGGAGGAAAAUUAGUGGCGAGAGGAUGAAGAGGAUUUCGACGGAUUCGACGAGUUCGAUGGUCAUCAGGGCCAAGGUGGACCAGCUCGAAGGCGAGAACCAAGAAUUGAACAACAAGAACCGGGUCUUGGAGGACAAGUUGACUGCGCAAGGUAAUGACAACGAAACGAUGCAAGGGAGGAUGCUCGAUCUGGAGAACAACCUCAGGGACGAGACGACCGAAAAGAAGAGGUUGGAGAGGGAGAUCAAAGCGAAGGAUAGGGAAAACCAGACGGCGCUGACCGAGCUGGAGCACAAACUAUCGACAACGCAGGAACAGCUGAGAGAUCUAAAGUCUGCUUUGGCCAGCUCGACAUCGACGAAUAAUAAGCUGAAAGACGAGGUACAAGACUUGACGCGGGCGAUCAGGGAUAAGGAGGAUGAAAUUUCGAAUCUGAUGAGCGAUCUAAGCGAACUCAAGGAGGAUAAGGAUUCGCUUGCGAGGGACCUGCAAGACUUGUCCCAACGAUACGACCAAAACACAACCCAGCUGGACAGCGUGCGUCAGCACAAUCGCGAGCUGAAGCAGCAGUUGCAGCAACAAGACGAGCUACAAGAGACGAUCAAUAAUCUGAACCAAGAGGUCGGGGAUCUGAGGUUGAGACUGAGCCAUUCGCAUGCCAGGGGAGGCACCGAGACGAGCGCGUUCGGGAAUGGAGAUGCGGUAUUAGGGGGUGGUGUGGGUGGAAUGACCGCGAGGGCGAAGAGAAGUUUGGCUACCGAGUUGGGUGAUGGACUCGAUGAAGAGGAUGACGAAGAGGAGCAAGAGGCAGCGGCCGGCGGCCGGGAGGAAUAUGUCCAAGGUGAAGACGGUGUGACGACGAUCUACCAUACUACCACGGUCAGGCGGGUCGUACGACCCCGCACGACGAGCCAACAACAAACAAGCAAGGCCGAUCAACCCGCCAUAGCAGAAGAGAUCCACCAUACCGACCGCACCAUCAGUUACACGGACCGUUCGACCUCUCCACCUCCGUCCCGAGCCAUGGCGGAUGCGUUCAGCCAGACGGACGAGUCUCACAACUUGGGCGCGAUGUUGCCCCCCUAUACGCCUAGGCCGGAGAGCGAGAUCGUCUCCAGUGCUAUCGAGAAGGUUCAUCCGAAGUUGGUCCCCCUGACCGACUCUGGCUCUGGGCCCAAUUCGGCCUCUUCCGAUGACGGUCAUGGACAUGGUCGUGCUGAUGAUACGGCGGACGGGACGUUGGAAGGUAUGGCCAAGAUCGCACAGAUGUACGCGGGGUUGUGUGCCGAGGUGGGCGUUCGGUGCGAGGUCUUGGAAGAGGCUCUGAAGGUCAGGCAAGAACAGGUCAUCGGACGAUUAAGCGAGGAGAGGGAAAAGAAUCCUUCCGACCCCGCGGUGUCGAUCACCGAUGCUGAAGCUAAAGUCGAGGUCGAGGACAUUGUCAGGCCAGAUUUGACCUCUGAGAUCGCUGCUCGAGUUCCGACACACAACGACGUCGAGGUGAAGAGGAAGAGCGGGACGUUGAGCUGGAUCAAGACGAUCUGCUUGGUAUUGCCUGCGGUCAUCUUGGGGUGGAUGCUGGCCCAAGAAUACGCACCCCCUUCUCAAGAUUCCUUUGCCCGGUACCUCUUGCUGCAUAUCAUGGCUCGAGGAUCGAUGCCGGAUGGGUUUCUGCAAGGGUCGGUGGUUGAUAGGGAUAUGGGUGGGGAGAGGGUCGUCUGGGGCAGAGUGCCGAUUUGAUCCAGGGUCGGGGGGAAGACGAAGAAGGAGUGAAUUGUGGCUUACGAGGAUUGGGGAAAUAUUUACGAGAUACAGGUAUAACAUGUGCGAUUGGCGAAUACUUAUACGAGCAAUAGAUUACGAGGACCUAUGAAUUUUAUGAAUGUCAAUGAAA